AUGGAUUUGUUUCGCAAUGCUUUAAAUUGUCCACCAAAAUUCAUCAUGUUCUCCUUUAUCUUUUUGAUUAUAAACUUAAUCAACUCUCUCGAUCGAGGUUUCACUUCUUCACUAUCUCCUACAGAACCUCACUUAAAUCCACCAGGAAAACAUACUGGUGAGAUAAUCUUCUCAGCAUCCCUCAUCCAUCGCAGCUCCCCAGAAUCUCCCUUCUAUAACCCAAAUUACACGCGGGAGAACCACAUACGAGACGGUGUGCGGACCUCUGUAGCAAGAAGCCGCUACUUUAGCCAACUCACAGCAUUAGCAAAAGACUAUGUCGCGGCACCACUUUCUGGGUGGAACUUGCUCAUGAGGUACAGCAUGGGAACACCACCAGUUAGUAGUUAUGGUAUCUUUGACACUGGAAGCAGCUUUACAUGGGUCCAGUGUCGUCCAUGCGUUCAUUGCUACAAGCAGGGGAAUUACCCUAUUUUCAACCCGCAAAACUCGUCUUCUUACCGACAAGUCCAAUGUGUGAAUCGUGAGCACUGUUCCAUGGCACCAGGAUUUUCGUGUGGGAGCGCUACUAAUGAAGACCCAGACUUUCCCUUCUGUGUAUAUCACGCUUCCUACACGGAUAAAACAUCAAGAGGAGUAGUCUCCACAGAAACCCUAACUCUAUCAGCCGAGAAUACCUCAAGGACCAUGACCGAUGUAGUUUUUGGUUGUGGCCAUGAUAACCACGACCAAAGCCGGAGUCCUGGAAUUGUGGGGGUAGGCAACCACAGUGCCUCCCUCAUUCGGCAAUUAACCGUCUCUCGCUUCUCCCACUAUGUGUUCGCCAACGGGACCCACAUGCGGGGGGUAGCACACUUUGGGCCGGGAGCAUUCACGUCAGACCUUGAUUUGACAACACCCCUUUUGCCCAACGAUUAUGGUGUAUACUACCUAAACCUCACAAGGAUCAGUGUCGAUGGGUCCGACAUCGACCUUCCAGCUGGGGUAUUCGAGAAGUCUAAAGAUGAGAACGGGACGGAUAUUGGGUUCAUCAUUGACUCAGGAGCCUCAUAUACAAUGCUUAGAGCAGAAGCAUUCGACAUGUUGGUGACUGCAAUAAUGGAUGUCAUGUAUGAGCAGGCCCCUGAGAGCACUGAGCAUUUUGAGUUAUGCUACAGGGAUAUCAGUGAUGCUCCAGAGGUGGUGUUCCACUUCAAUGGUCUAGACUACAUGUUAUGUGAUGCAAACCUAUGGAUAAGACACUCAGGUGUGUAUUGCCUAGCUAUGAUCAGGCUCAAGGAACACGAAGGUAAGGUGUCAAUACUAGGAUUUCACCAGCAAAGGAAUGUAGAAAUUGGGUAUGAUCUGGAUAGCAACUUGCUCAGUUUAGUCUAUACAGGAGCAUGUCCUAAUGACGCUGUUGAUUUUCUGCAAGAUUAA